CGCGAUCGGGGCGCACACACACACACACACACCCGCACACACACGCACAGCCCGCAGGCAGGCAGGCAGGCAGCGGGCGGGCAGCACGGGCUUCGCGGGGCUACCGGGCCCCCCCCGCCGCAUGCGGGUCCCCGCCGCCCCGCCGCCGCCUCCCGCGGCCCCCGCGCCCGCCCCGCUGCCGCCGCCCGCCGCCGCCGUCUGAUGAGCCGCGGCCCCGCCGAACCGGGCAGCCGCCGCCCCGCCGCCCCGCCGCGCCCCGCCGCCCGCCGCCAUGUACCUGCACCCGGAGGCUGCACCCUCAGGGGCUCCCUCCCGCGACGUCCUCCUCGUCUCAGCCAUCAUCACCGUCAGCCUUAGUGUCACCAUCGUUCUCUGCGGGAUCUGCCAGUGGUGCCAGCGCAAACUGGGUAAGCGUUACAAGACUUCCCUGGAGACUGUGGGAACUCCGGACUCCAGCCGAGGCCGCAGUGAAAAGAAAACCAUCAAUGAUCUAGACAGAGACUUUUGGAAUAACAAUGACAACACAGUGCAGCAGAAAUGGAGCUCCUACCCUCCCAAGGAGUUUAUACUAAACAUUUCACCUUACGCCCCGUACGGUGACCCGCGCCUUUCCCUCAAUGGCUCUCUGUUAUCAGGGGCCAAGCUGACGGCGUCGGCCGCGGCGGGGUUGGCGGGGGACCGCGACGGCCGCCCUGGGGACAAGCAGCGGCUCGGCGAGGACGGCAUGAGGAGCAGCAUCUCUGCCCACAGCGAGCCCGGCGCGGGGAAGGCGGCGCGAGGCCGCUGGCACACGGUGCAGAGCCACUUGGCCGCAGGGAAGCUCAGCCUGUCCAAUUUCGAGGACUCCACCUUGUCCACAGCCACUACCCUUGAGUAUAUCCCCACCUCAGCAGGCGACCCCAAAUGCCAGAGGCCCCGCACGCUCAUGCGCCAGCAAAGUCUGCAGCAGCCCCUCAGCCAGCACCAGCGCUCCAACCACAGCCAGCCCACCACCAGCCAGAGCCUGGGCCACCUCCAGGCCCACAGCGGCUCCUCGGCCGGCACCGGCACCGGCACCGGCACCGGCACCCCUCGGGGCUCCCGCGGGGGCCAGGCGCGCCCCGGCAUCACCGCCGGCUCCAAGCAUCAGACGGCCGGCGGCCGGAGCCGCUCCAAUCCCGGCAGCUGGGACCAUGUGGUGGGGCAGAUCCGCAACCGCGGCUUGGACAUGAAGUCCUUCCUGGAAGGCCGGAUGGUGGUGUUAUCCCUGGUUUUGGGACUCUCAGAGCAAGAUGACUUUGCCAAUAUCCCCGACCUGCAACCCGCUGGGACGCAGCCGAACCAGCCGAACGCUCAGGGGGACAAGAGGUUACCGGCCGGUGGCAAAGCAGCGAACACGGCACCGGCGCCCGGGCAGCCACCGCACGAUGAGUCCGACCGCAAGACGGAGCCUCGCUCCUCCGUCUCCGACCUGGUCAACUCCUUGACCAGCGAGAUGCUCAUGCUCUCUCCAGGCUCCGAGGACGACGAGGCCCAUGAUGGCAUCAGCCGGGAGAACCUGGGCCGCAUCCAGUUCAGCGUCGGCUACAACUUCCAGGAGUCCACCCUGACCGUGAAGAUCAUGAAGGCGCAGGAGCUGCCGGCCAAGGACUUCAGCGGCACCAGCGACCCCUUCGUCAAGAUCUACCUGCUCCCCGACAAGAAGCACAAGCUGGAGACCAAGGUGAAGCGGAAGAACCUCAACCCGCAUUGGAAUGAGACCUUCCUCUUCGAAGGGUUCCCCUAUGAGAAGGUGGUGCAGCGGGUGCUGUACCUCCAGGUCCUGGACUAUGACCGCUUCAGCCGCAAUGACCCCAUCGGGGAGGUGUCCAUCCCCCUCAACAAGGUGGACCUCACCCAGAUGCAGACCUUCUGGAAGGACCUGAAGCCCUGCAGUGAUGGCAGCGGAAGCCGUGGGGAGCUGCUGCUGUCGCUGUGCUACAACCCCUCCGCCAACUCCAUCGUGGUGAACAUCAUCAAAGCACGUAACCUCAAAGCCAUGGACAUCGGGGGCACAUCAGACCCCUACGUGAAGGUGUGGCUGAUGUACAAGGACAAGCGGGUGGAGAAGAAGAAGACGGUGGUCAUGAAACGGUGCCUGAACCCCGUCUUCAACGAGUCCUUCGCCUUUGACAUCCCCACGGAGCGGCUGCGCGAGACCACCAUCGUCAUCACCGUCAUGGACAAGGACAGGCUGAGCCGCAACGAUGUCAUUGGCAAGAUCUACCUGUCCUGGAAGAGUGGCCCCGGGGAGGUGAAGCACUGGAAGGACAUGAUCGCCCGGCCCCGGCAGGCAGUGGCACAGUGGCACCAGCUGAAGGCCUGAGCACCCCCUCCCAGGACUGCGGGGCCGGGGGUCCCCCCUUCCCAGCGCCCAUCACCCCUCCUCGGGGCUCCCAGCCAGGAGCUGAGGGACCAGCAGGACAGCGCCCAGCUCGUGGGGACCCUGCGGUAGGAGGGGGAUGGAGCCCACCAGCCCCUUUGCUUUCACCUCAUCCCGGCGCUGGGGUACCCAGGACCCCCAACCCCCCAGCCUGGAGAAGGGUGCCAGACCCCCCCAUCCCCAUCCCCAUCCCACCACUGGGCAGGACUUCAGUGAGUGCUUCCAGCCCUGCUCCCUGGGAGCCCCUCUGCCCCUUCCCACCCUCAUCCCCCCCAUUGCAGGGGGCCAGGCAAGAGGGGUCCCCACUUCCCUUCCCCUUCCAGCUCAAUAGAACCUCUCCGAGCCGUCAGCGUCGCCUGAGCGGGGCCAUGGAGCCCACCCCCUCCAUUGCCCUGCCUCGUCCCCACCGCCCUCCCCAAGCCCCCCGCUGGGGUGGGAUGGGGAAGAGGGGGCACCCAUGGGAGAGGGUAACCCCCAUUCCCGGGCCAGGCGCGGGCUCCUGGGAUCGGAAGCCAUGACACAGUUCGAUAGCCAAAGCGGGCUCGUUUGUGCACUGCCUUUAGCUGGGUUUGAUGCUUUACCUCCGUCCACGGGCUCGGUGGGAGCAGGAGGUUGAGAACCCCAUCCUGGGGCUCACCCCACUGCGUGGGGACCCCCCCAUCCUGCCCCCAACCCAGCUUUCACCCCACAUUACCCCCACCCCGGGCUUGUCCCCAUAGGGCUGGGCAGGGGACUAGACUUGACCCAGAUGGUGGUACCCCCACAAAGGGAUGCUGAGCCCCAGAGCAUCCCCUUCCAGCCAGGCUGACCCCCAUGAGCCCUGUGCCCAGCACUGGGGUCCCUGGGGAUAAGGGAUGGAGCAAGUGCCAUUGUCCCCAUCCUGGGUAGGUGGCAUUCCUUGGGUCAGCCAGCCUGGCAGGAGCAGUGCCAGCAUCUCCCUGUCAGCUCCCAUUGGGAUUCAUGUGCCAGAUCCCUGCCAACUCCCUGGGGCGGGAGGCUAUGGGACCCUCCUGGGAGCCCCAUGGGGUGCUGGGUGUUGGGGCAGCUCCUGGGGGUGACAAUGGUGUCACCCUAUGGUGGUGGGCUCACCAUGGUGGACAUGGGUGCUGGCAGGACCGCAGCAGCGCUGGGUGUGAUGUGACAGCACCCGCAGCAGCAGGAGGGGUGAGGUGGGUGCUGUCACCUCCGCAGCCAUCUCAGGUAGGGCAUGGCCACCCAUGGGCACCCAGAGCGAGCCCACUGUCACAGAGCCACCCCUCCUGGAUGGGGAGUCCCCCAUCUCACUCUUCCCAUGGCACCCACCACCCUUCGCCCCUCCGAAGGCACCCAUGGGGAGGACACUUAUCUGCCACCCUUGGGUGCCACCGAGGCCGCAUUUGGGGUGCUGCCAACAGCCAGGAGCCUGGUUAUAGACCAUGAGAGUGUUUCACCCCAUCACCAUCAUCCCUGUGUCACGGUGGGUCCCAGCCUGUGUACAAGCACCCAGUGCCACCCCACCAGGCACAGGGUGAUGGAGGGGGGCACCCACUGAGCCCCGAGGUGCUCCAUAGGGGAGCCUGCAUCCAGAACCCCCCAAACCUCCCAGGGGUACCUGGCUGCUUGUUCCUUCUCCUACCAAGUGGGGACAUCCCUAUCACAUCCCAUGGGGACCAUGGUGGCAGCGGGACCAUCUUCAGCAGGCCCCAAAGUCCUUCUUUAGGUGAUUUUGGACAAUCUGGAGAGAAGUCAUAAUACUGCUAUACAGUAAUAAUGAUGCUUUUAGGGCCAGUUGUAUUUUUAUCCCAUUCUCUUUUCUUUUUACCCAUAAAAGAAGAGAUUGACAUGGCUGGGGUGGGGAUGGAGCCACGCUGGGUGCCCACCCAUCGCCUCUCAGCCACCCCUCUCUUCCAGGAAGGAUUCCUUGGCGGGGGGGGGGCUUGUGUGUUUUAACUCUAGAGCUCGUAGCCGUUCUCUUGUUCAGGUCUCUCUCUUCUUCAUGUGACGGUAACAUCCAACUGGUGUGUAAAAUACAGCAAAAAGGGGCAAAACAAGACAAAACCACAACGAAAAAGACAUUAAAACCAAGACAAGUGAUGCCACCCGCUGCUGGUGGCUUUGCUGAGGGGGGUGGCCGUGCUGGCUGGCCCCCAUCCCAAUGGCAGCAGCAGGAGCCGGGUGGCACGUGGGGAGCUGGGGGUGAGGGCUUGGGCUGAAUGCUCUUUUUGGGGAGCGGGGCCCCUCGUUUUCUGGAGGCAGCCCCUGUUCUCAGUAAUAAAGGACAGUCGGUAA